CUUUUAUGUUGACGUAUCCGUCGGAGAAUGUUUCGGCACGUCAGUACACGUAAUCUAAGUGUGUGUUGUGUAUUGCUGCUCGGUAACCUCUGACCUUAGAGCCCGUUUUGCUGAGCUGACAUUUUCCGUGUCUGUCAGCGUUAAACCCCGGGGGAGAAAUGGGCACUUAUUGCGACUGAACCCACCAUGAAGUAUCGAUCACAUUAUGAGAGAAGACGAAUUGACGUGAAUGAUUUAGAAGACAAAAAGGCUCCUACCAUGCAAUCCAGCUCUGGAUUUGUUCUCCAUCAAUCUGGAAAUUGUGAUAGUUCUACAGACUCUACUUCUCUUCCUGCCACCCGACUCCCAACAGAUGGUUCUUCCAGUACUGGAGAUGUUAACAUAGAGAUACACCCAUCUAAUUCUGAUGGCGGGGCAAGGUCAGGUUCAAGGCACACCAGAUCGAACAUUCAUGGACGUUCACAGAACCGGCAUGGUCAUACCCAUUCCCACACCCAUGAUUCUAGUGGAUCAGAAGACUCUAAUAAUGCAGACUCUAGAGAGCAGAGCAGCUCUGUAUCUGAGUUUCGUCACAUUAUUCAUUGGUUACAGAAAAGUCUUCCGUAUAUCUUAAUCCUCUGUGCCAAGCUUAUUGUUCAGCACACCAAAGGCAUUUCUGUUGGAAUUGGCCUGCUAACAACUUUUCUGUAUGCAAACAAAUGCAUUGUAAAUCAGGUUUUUCUAAGAGAUAAAUAUUCCAAGUUGCAAUGUAUUUGGCUCUUAGUAUUUCUUACAUCCUCCUCCAUCCUCUUGUAUUAUACAUUCUACCCUCAGGCACUUUAUUACAGCUUAAUAUUCUUGAAUCCAACAAUUGGACCUCUACAGUUUUGGGAUGUUUUGUGGGUCGUGGGGAUUACAAGCUUUGUUGUGAAGUUUAUCUUCAUGAGUCUUAAAUGCCUGGUUCUGCUGGUGCCUUCUUUUGUAAUGUCUUAUAAAUGCAAGGGCUACUGGCACAUGUGUUUAGAAGAGUGUGCUCAGUAUUAUUGCAGCCUUGUUCCAGUACCGGUUUGGUUCCGUUAUCUGUCUGAUUAUGGUGAUCAAGAUCGUGGAACUGGUUGGCAUUUUGGAGUAUUAUUGGCUCUACUCUACAUUGUAUUGAAACUUUUUGUAUCUUUUGGACAGUGGAAAACCUUACCUAAGAUGUUACAACUCUUUUGUACUCAACCAACUUAUGGAGUUGCAGCAACCAAGAGACAGUGUUCAGAAGUUAAUGAUAUCUGCUCAAUCUGUCAAACUGAAUUUACAAAGCCAAUUGUUCUCUUAUGCCAGCACAUUUUCUGUGAAGAAUGCAUUUCAUUAUGGUUCAACAGAGAAAAAACCUGCCCCCUAUGCCGGACUGUUAUUUCUGAUCACAUUUACAAGUGGAAUGAUGGAGCUACAAGUCUUCAACUGCAGCUGUUUUAGACCAUGUUGUCGCAAAAAAAAAAAAAAAAACUAUUUAAAAAUGUAUACUGCAAAGAUACUUAUUUUAGCAAUAAACUAAUUUUAUACAAAAGAAUAUAGCAAUUUUGCUACAAUUUCAGGGAAAUAAAGUAUUGAAUGGCUAUAUUGUAAUGUGAUUGUAAAGGGAUUUUCAUAGUAUAUAUUUUUCUUUAAAUAUAUAUACAUAUACAAAAUUUAUUAUCUGGGGAGUGAACGAUAUUUGCAGUGCAAAGCUUAACUAUAUUUAUUCCAUUAUUAAAUAUUCUUAUUUUCUGCUUA